ACCCCAUUUCCUUGUCAUAUUCUUUUCCUUCUUAUCGCUUUAAAUACUCAACUCUCAUCAAAUCAAAUUUAUUACAACACACCAAACCAAAACCCUCUUCUAUUUCAUACAUUCUAUUCAAUGGGAAAGAAAAUUUUAAAAAUGCCUUCACUUUUCAAAACACAAAGAAAACAACAAAAUCCAUGGCAAUUCUUACCUUCUUGUAGCCACCCUAAAACUAUUUCUUUUCGAGGUAGUGAUGAUAUAUUCAAAACAGUUAAUUCUGUUUUUUUUGACCCUUUAGAAAACAUUAUUGAAACACCAAAAUCAUGCUUCACAACUUCAUCUGAAUCUCAAUCUGCAAGUGCAAGUGCAAGUGCAAGUUUUUCGACUGAAUCAGAAGACUAUUGUUACAUUAAUGAUGGUGAAUCUUUGGAGACAUUAGUACGAGGUGUUAAAUCAGAGAGAUUAUUUUUCGAAGCAGAAGAUACGAGUUCAAUUUUGGAGAAAGCUAAGGCUAAUGAUUUUCCUUUUAAAGAAAGUGUUGUUUUAGCUAUGGAAUCAGAGGAUCCAUAUGAAGAUUUUAAGAGAUCAAUGGAAGAAAUGGUUGAGUCUCAUGGUGUCAAAGAUUGGGAAGGUUUGGAGGAACUUUUGAGUUGGUAUUUGAGAGUUAAUGGUAAAAAUAAUCAUGGCUUUAUUGUUGGUGCUUUUGUUGAUUUGUUGAUUAGUUUAGCAAUUUCUAAUAAUUGUUGUUCUGAUUCAACUAUGUAUUCUUCUGCUGUUUCUUCUUUUGGUUCUUCACCAUUGUUGUAUUUAUCUCAGGGGCAGAGUAAUGAGAUUACUGAGAUUCAAGAUAAUGUAACAGCUUCUUAGUAAUAGAUGUUGUUUUUUUUAUUGUUGUACAUUUUUUGUAGAUUGAAAGAAAAUUGAAUGAUAAUUAAAUUAUGGUGA